GCACUCGGAGCCCCUGAGGCGGCGGCGGCGGGAGCCGGUCAGAGGGGGCGGCCUCUGGCGGCGACGCCCCCAAGCCCAGCCCUGCCCGCCCCCCUCCAUCCCUGGCCCGAGCCUGCUCUGACCGCGAGAGACGCCGGCGGGGGCUGAGGGGGCGGGCGGGCGAGCCUCCCCUCCCGGCUUCUUCCACGUCCUCUCCCGGGAGGAACCCUUACCUGAGCCCGGACCCACCCCCGGUCGGGGCCACGCUGGAUCCGCCUCCCGGCCUGGGUCCCGCCCGCCGGCUGCAGGUGGGCUGCAGCGCCCGAGCCUCGGGCAGUGGGCGGCGGGGAAGGAGGUGAGCGGCGUCCACGCCCGCUGCCGCUCGGGUCCUUGUCCCCGCUGCUGCGCUGUCCUCCUCCCCUUCCCGCAGGCAGGGCGCGGAGCCGCGCGCCCUCCCCGCCGCCGCCGCCUCGUCCCUCCGGGGCACCAUGGAGCUCUCUCCGUCGUCCGGAGGAGCCGUGGAGGCGCUGUCCUGGCCGGAGAUGUUCCCGGGGCUGGAGUCCGACUCGCCGCUGCCCCCGGAGGACCUGGACGUCGUUGUCCCAGUCAGCGGGGCCGUGGCCGGGGGCAUGUUGGAUCGGAUCCUUCUGGAGUCUGUGUGCCAGCAGCAGAGCUGGGUCAGGGUGUACGAUGUGAAGGGGCCACCUACCCAUCGUCUGUCUUGUGGUCAGUCACCCUACACUGAGACAACAACAUGGGAGCGGAAGUACUGCAUUCUCACAGACAGCCAGUUGGUGUUGCUCAACAAGGAGAAGGAGAUAUCUGCGGAAGGUGGACAGGAGCAGCAGACAGAUUCCACCAAAGGGCGAUGCCUGAGGAGAACCGUCAGUGUCCCUUCCGAGGGUCAGUUUCCUGAGUACCCACCAGAGGGCGCCGCUAAACUGGAGGUGCCAGCAGAAAGGUCCCCCCGAAGACGGAGUAUCUCAGGGACCAGUACAUCAGAGAAACCCAGCUCCAUGGAAACUGCAAAUACCUCACCCUUCAAAGUACCAGGAUUCUUCAGCAAGCGCCUGAAAGGCUCCAUCAAGAGGACCAAAAGCCAGUCAAAGCUUGACAGAAACACAAGCUUUCGGCUUCCAUCCCUUCGCAAUACAGAUGACAGGUCUCGUGGGCUGCCUAAACUAAAAGAGUCACGUUCCCAUGAAUCCUUGCUGAGCCCGUGCAGCGCAGUAGAAUGUCUGGAUCUUGGUAGAGGAGAACCUGUAUCAGUGAAACCACUCCACAGUAGCAUCCUUGGACAAGACUUCUGCUUUGAGGUUACCUACUUAAGUGGAAGUAAAUGCUUCAGCUGUAACUCUGCUUCAGAGAGAGAUAAGUGGAUGGAAAACCUUCGCAGGACAGUUCAACCAAAUAAGGACAAUUGCAGACGAGCUGAAAAUGUUCUCCGUUUAUGGAUCAUUGAAGCCAAGGACCUUGCCCCUAAAAAGAAAUAUUUCUGUGAACUGUGCCUUGAUGAUACUCUCUUUGCUCGUACAACCAGCAAGACCAAAGCAGACAAUAUUUUCUGGGGCGAACAUUUUGAAUUCUACAGCCUUCCACCUCUUCAUAGCAUCACAAUUCACAUUUAUAAGGAUGUGGAAAAAAAGAAAAAAAAAGACAAGAAUAAUUAUGUAGGAUUAGUCAACAUUCCCACUGCCAGUGUGACUGGUCGCCAAUUUGUAGAAAAGUGGUAUCCAGUGAGUACACCUACACCCAGCAAAGGAAAGACAGGAGGACCUUCUAUUCGGAUUAAAUCACGUUUCCAAACUAUCACCAUUCUGCCUAUGGAGCAAUACAAAGAAUUUGCAGAAUUUGUCACCAGCAACUACACCAUGCUGUGUUCUGUCCUUGAGCCAGUAAUUAGUGUGAGAAAUAAAGAGGAGUUGGCUUGUGCCUUAGUGCACAUUCUUCAAAGUACUGGCAGAGCCAAGGAUUUUCUGACUGACUUGGUGAUGUCUGAGGUGGAUCGUUGUGGAGAGCAUGACGUCUUGAUCUUCAGAGAGAACACCAUUGCCACCAAAUCCAUUGAGGAAUACCUCAAAUUGGUGGGACAACAGUAUCUUCAUGAUGCACUGGGGGAGUUCAUCAAAGCUUUGUAUGAGUCAGAUGAGAACUGUGAAGUAGAUCCCAGCAAAUGUUCAACUAGUGAACUGAUAGACCAUCAGAGUAACCUGAAAAUGUGCUGUGAGCUGGCUUUCUGCAAGAUCAUCAACUCUUACUGUGUUUUCCCUCGUGAGUUGAAGGAAGUGUUUGCAUCAUGGAAGCAGCAGUGUCUGAACCGUAGCAAGCAGGACAUCAGUGAGCGACUCAUUAGUGCCUCAUUGUUUCUCCGUUUUCUGUGUCCUGCCAUUAUGUCUCCCAGCCUUUUCAACCUUAUGCAGGAGUAUCCUGAUGACCGUACAUCCCGGACUCUAACUCUUAUUGCCAAAGUCAUUCAGAACCUGGCCAACUUUGCCAAGUUUGGUAACAAAGAGGAAUACAUGGCAUUCAUGAAUGAUUUUUUAGAACAUGAAUGGGGUGGAAUGAAGCGCUUUCUUUUGGAAAUCUCUAAUCCAGACACCAUCUCAAACACUCCAGGCUUUGAUGGUUACAUUGAUCUGGGUCGAGAGCUUUCAGUUUUGCAUUCCUUACUGUGGGAAGUAGUUUCCCAACUUGAUAAGGGUGAAAAUUCCUUCCUACAGGCAACCGUGGCAAAACUGGGGCCUCUCCCUCGUGUUCUUGCUGAUAUUACCAAGUCUCUGACUAACCCUACACCAAUACAACAGCAACUGAGACGCUUCACUGAGCACAACUCCAGUCCAAAUGUCAGUGGAAGCCUCUCCUCUGGGCUGCAGAAAAUAUUUGAAGACCCCACUGACAGUGAUUUGCAUAAACUAAAAUCUCCAAGCCAGGACAACACAGACAGCUAUUUCAGAGGGAAAACAUUAUUGCUGGUUCAGCAAGCCUCUUCCCAGAGCAUGACUUAUUCUGAAAAAGAUGAAAAGGAAAGUAGCCUUCCUAAUGGUAGGAGCAUCUCCCUCAUGGACCUCCAGGACACUCAUGUUCCAGUGGAGCAUACAUCUGUCAUGCUUGAUGUGCCUAUGCGCUUGACUGGAAGCCAGCUUUCCAUAACCCAGGUGGCCAGCAUCAAACAAUUGCGGGAAACCCAGAGCACCCCCCAGAGUGCCCCCCAAGUGCGAAGGCCCCUGCACCCAGCCUUGAACCAACCAGGCAUCCUCCAGCCCUUGUCGUUCCAGAACCCUGUGUAUCACCUCAGUAAUCCAAUUCCAGCAAUGCCAAAGGCCUCUGUAGAUUCCAGUUUGGAGAACCUAAGCACUGCCAGUUCCAGAAGCCAAAGUAACAGUGAAGACUUCAAACUCAGUGGACCCAGCAAUAGCAGCAUGGAGGAUUUCACCAAACGUAGCACUCAGAGUGAGGACUUCUCCAGGCGGCACACUGUGCCAGACAGACACAUACCUCUUGCCCUGCCACGACAAAAUAGUGCCGGGCAGGCCCAAAUCCGAAAAAUGGACCAGGCUGGGUUAGGUGCCCGAGCCAAAGCCCCGCCAUCCCUGCCACACAGUGCUUCCUUACGUAGCACCGGGAGCAUGUCAGUGGCGUCUGCAGCCCUGGUGGCCGAACCUGUGCAGAAUGGGAGCCGGUCCCGACAGCAGUCCUCUUCUUCCAGAGAGAGCCCUGUUCCCAAAGUGAGAGCAAUUCAGAGACAACAAACACAGCAGGUUCAGUCACCUGUGGACUCUGCCACAAUGUCUCCAGUAGAGAGGACAGCAGCCUGGGUACUGAACAAUGGGCAAUAUGAAGAGGAUGUGGAAGAAACUGAGCAAAAUCAAGAUGAAGCCAAGCAUGCUGAAAAGUAUGAACAAGAAAUUACUAAGCUGAAGGAGCGCCUGAGAGUGUCCAGCCGGCGGCUGGAGGAGUAUGAACGCCGGUUGCUGGUGCAGGAGCAGCAGAUGCAGAAGCUGCUGCUGGAAUACAAGGCCCGGCUGGAGGACAGCGAGGAGCGGCUCCGCAGACAACAGGAAGAGAAAGACUGCCAGAUGAAAAGCAUCAUCAGCAGGCUAAUGGCUGUAGAAGAGGAAUUGAAGAAGGAUCAUGCUGAGAUGCAAGCAGUUAUUGAUGCAAAGCAGAAAAUAAUUGACGCACAGGAAAAACGGAUCGUGUCCCUGGAUUCAGCCAACACCAGACUGAUGAGCGCACUGACCCAAGUGAAGGAGCGGUACAGCAUGCAGGUCCGCAAUGGCAUCUCCCCCACCAACCCCACCAAGCUUUCCAUCACGGAGAAUGGUGAAUUCAAAAACAGCAGCUGCUGACGGGCUUUGUGAACAGAGAGACUAUGGAAGGAGACAGAAGGAAAUUGACCUGUUCUCCUAUCCCCAGCCCCUCCAGGUUUACAGAAUGUUGCUACUUCAAAAUGGCGAUGUGGUGAGAAACUCUUGAAUGGAGAAAGAAACUUUGUCUUUCAGGGCAUAAGGCAAAGACUUCCAAGGUCAAUGCUUUUCCCCCAUGUCUCUAUGUACAUAGGGAACUUGGUUCUGGGCCAUGUACAGAAAAUACCACUGUAAUAUACCAAAAGGAAGUUAAUAAUGUAGAUUACCUUUUUAAUUAUUGCUAUUUUUAUUAUUGUUUUCCUCUUGUUGAAAGCACUGCAAUUGUUAGAGGAGGAAAAGUAGGAACUAUGUGUGAGUGAGAAAUGAGCCUGUGGGUUCAGUAGGUAGAGACCACAUAUCUAUCUGGUAGAAGCACAGGGAGUGCAAUAGGAUAGGACAUCGUCAGAAUGAAUUUUUCAGGGAUUCAUCUGCCAGUUAAAAAACCCUACUCUGGCCCCCUUCUCCUUUAGGAAAACGUGCAAAUAUCAGUAUCCAUACAAAAUAAUAAUUUAUCCCACUGGUCAACCAAGACUGGUUCAGGUUGGACAGCUAAUCUGAUUUGAGAAUUCACUAUCUCAGAGGACACAGAUAAAAGCUGUUGCAUCAAAAUUGGACUUUAGGAGUGAUUUCUGUUGAACUCCUGUCAAUAUGUUUAUUUCCUCUGUCCACAGCAGGUAGGAAUUUUCUGUUUUAGAUAGGGGGCUUUUUUUUUUUUUUUUUUUUUUUUAUUACCCCAAUUGCAAUAAAGGGUGUUCUUUUUCCUCUUUAAAGUUUACAAAACUAUGAAUAUUUGUGUCUCUACAUAGCAUCUUCCUCAUCAUAUGUCCUGUGCUCUUUCCUCCCCGUGGUGGGAGCAGUCAUCACUUACUCUCCACUGGAGAGGUUAUUCAGAUGUGCUGUUCAUAGCCAUCUGACAUAAACAACACCCUUUCUUCCACACAGAAAAGGGCUAACCAAACCAUAGCAGGAAUUCCUGAAUAUUUCCUAUUUUUAAAAAAAUUCUAUUUGUAAGUUAUGAUUUUUGUUUGGAAUAAAAAUUUUUUCCCUUGUACUAGGAGAUCUAUGGGCAGGGUAAUUUUAUCUCCAUCUUUAACUUUUAAAUUGCUGCUUCUUCCUCUUAUUCUCUCAGUUAAAUUUGGAAAGGAAAUCCAAAUCUGAAGCAUCACUCUCUUAAAAGUAAUGAUUAUUCUUGUAUAAAAAAGAAGAAAAGAAAAAAAGUGUGAGGGUAGCAAAUUUCAAUUGUUACUCCCAUACUCUUGGUAGAUUUGUCCUAACAACACAGUUUUAACAUUUGUCAUCCAUGGCUUUAUUAUAGGACAGAAAAAGUCAUGAAAACUAAUUUAUUUCCUUUCUUCCAGAGGUGUGAAAUGUCAUCUUGAAUGCAACCUCUGUUAUCAGAAGUAUGGAAUGUUACAUAUUAAACAGACAUUAUAUAAAUGCAAAUAUAUAUACAUAUAUAUUCACACAUAUGUACAUAAACUACACAAAUAGGAAAAGUUCAUGCCUUCUAUGCUUUCAGAUAUAAUGUUAAAAGGGUCUUAAAUCUCUUUCAGCAAGAUCUAAGCAAUUGUUUUAUUUUGAGAAAGCAACAGCAUUUCUCAAGUUAAUGACGUUUAUUUUAAAUUAUAAACUGUAAGGUUUUUUUUUUAAUAAAAGGGGAGGAAAGAAAAAGACCCGAGGGAGCCAUAUGCAUGGAGUGAGGGUUUCUACAUAACAGAAUAUUUAUAGGGGAACAAGAGAAGACAGACAGUGCCCUCUUUUGAGUGAAGCCCAGAUGUAGACACCAAAACUUCCUUUUCACUGAGUCCCAGGCUUGCAUUCCAGCCUCUUGAUAUCUGCCCUCUCUCAGGUGGAUUUCUGUGUUGGACCUUAGAUUUCAGCAACCUCACCAUGGUCCCCAACCUACAACCUUUUAAAGCAAUUUCCUUCAUAACAGCCCUUGUUUCUGCCAGACAGAGAUCUAAAUCAGGAGCUUCUCACUGUCUUAUCUGAUCUGCAGACUUCAUGCCCAGCUAUUUUGGCACUUGUGUAUUUUCUUGACCCUUGGCAAUUAUUUUACAAAGUCUUAUCUCUUCCCUCCAAGAUAAAGGCACACUGUGGGCAAAAUCACUUAUUUUAAUAGGAAAAAGAGGUUACUGAUUCUGAAGUAGUGCCCUUUGUUGGGAGAGGGGGAAUAUAAACAUAGAUCUGUUCUUGUUUGUGGCCUUUCUCAGUUCUAGCCAUGUUUAAUUCAUUCUUUGUAAAAGCCUUCAAUUGUGCCACAGAAAACCUGGUAAAAGAACUGUCAGUUUCCGUGGCCUUAAUUAUGUAACGUGGGUGAUGUCUUGCCACUGGGGUUUGGAAGCUCUCAGGUGUUGGUUAUGGAUUACAGAGGGCUGAUAAAAUUAUCUGUAUUGGGAUUAGGAGGAGACACAGAAAAUCAAAUGUGUUUUUGAUGGAUGCACUGUAUCUUAUUAGCAUUGUAGGAGCUUCUUGGAGGGCUGUCUACAUUGGAAGAUUAAAUGCCCAAAAUGUUGAGACAGAUUAUUCAGCCUUCUGCUAUCAGUUUGUCUUGAAUAAAGAGAAGAGUAAAAAAAAAAAAAAAAA